GGGCAGGUUGAUUAUAACAAAUAUAAGAAUACUUUGGCAUUCAUCGACGAGCCCAAGGAUCAACUUAUCCAUAGGCCACAAUUGUAUCCUAUCAACAAGCACCAAAGUCGUCAACUCAAAACUCAAAGGAACUACUCAAGCUCUCCAGCUGCUGACUAUUUCGAAUGGGACAAGAUAUGAGUUUAUUUUCACCAAUUUGAUACCGGGCAAUACAAGACAUUUUACAUCGGUGAUGGAGGUUCAUAAGGCCUACAACUCCUCCAGACUCUACAGGGAGCUCAAACUCCGCUGCGCCAUCAUUCACAACAAACAGUUGAAGAUUUUGCCUCAAGAACAAGUGGUGUCUACGUUGAUGGGCGUUUGGAACCUUUCCAGCGAUCAGGGCAGCCUUGGCACGUUUCAUGUGUCAAAUGUCAGAUUUGUGUGGUUCGCCGAUGUUAAUGAGGGUUUCAAUAUUUCCCUGCCGUAUCUGCAGAUAGAAAGCAUAUCGAUCAGAGACUCGAAAUUUGGCACAGCUCUAGUGAUAACGAGCUCAGAAGCGAGUGGAGCGUUCGUCCUAGGAUUCAAGGUGGAUCCAGAAGAAACCCUGCGUAACCUUUACAAAGAGCUCACCUCUCUCCAUACGGUUUAUUCUGCCAAGCCCGUAUUUGGAGUAGAAUACAAGUACUCUUCUGGAAAGGAGUACACAGAACACAACAAUAACCUGGUGGAAGACUACGAAGCUUUGGAGGAGCCCAAAGGAGAGAUCGGCAAUACUAUCGUGGCGUAUUUGGCUGAUGAAGGACACAGUAGGGACAGGCCACCCGUUUUCAGUCCCGAAUUGGGUUUAGCUGUGGAACAAGUCAAGGAGGGG